AUACCGUACGGCAAGAGAAUUUUCGUCCUCUUGAAGGAUUUUUAGCAUUUUGCAGAUAAAUCUGCUGACAGAUACAGAAUCAGAAUGCUUAGAUUGUGGCCAUUGAGACAUGUGGCUAAAACACCACUUUCAGCCUUAGCCAAGUAUUCCUCUGCUCCGGCUGCUUCCCCUGAGAAAGUGGAAGUAUUUAUUGAUGGUAAACCAGUUUAUGUAGAACCUGGUACUACUGUUUUACAGGCAUGUGCUGAAGGUGGUGUAGAAAUUCCUAGAUUUUGUUACCAUGAUAGAUUGUCUAUAGCUGGUAAUUGUAGAAUGUGUUUAGUAGAAGUUGAAAAAUCACCAAAACCUAUUGCAUCUUGUGCUAUGCCAGUAAUGAAAGGUAUGAGAGUGAAGACUGAUUCACCUGUAUCUAGAAAAGCCAGAGAAGGUGUUAUGGAGUUCCUACUAGUAAAUCAUCCAUUAGAUUGUCCUAUCUGUGAUCAAGGUGGAGAAUGUGAUCUUCAGGAUCAGUCAAUGGUAUUUGGUAGUGACAGAAGUAGAUUUACAGACAGUGCUUAUACAGGCAAAAGAGCAGUAGAAGAUAAAAAUAUUGGACCAUUAGUUAAAACUAUCAUGACCAGAUGUAUUCAUUGUACACGCUGUAUCAGAUUUGCCAGUGAAGUAGCUGGUGUUGAUGAUUUAGGAACAACAGGACGUGGAAAUGACAUGCAAGUUGGUACAUAUGUAGAAAAAAUGUUAAAAUCCGAAUUGUCUGGCAAUGUCAUAGAUCUUUGUCCUGUUGGCGCAUUGACAUCAAAACCUUACGCUUUCACAGCUCGACCUUGGGAAACCAAAAAAAUAGAAAGUAUAGAUGUAAUGGAUGCUGUCGGUAGUAAUAUUGUUGUUACUAUGAGGACUAAUGAAGUAAUGAGAAUUGUUCCCAGGUUAAAUGAGGAAGUCAAUGAAGAGUGGAUUUCUGAUAAAACAAGAUUUGCCUAUGAUGGUUUGAAGAGACAGAGAUUAACUUCACCAUUUAUGAAAAACAAAAAUGGAAUUCUGGAAGAAAGUGAUUGGGAAAAUGCAUUUAUUGCAGCAGCACAUAAAUUGAAUGCUGUAUCUGGAAAUGAAAUAGCAGCCAUUGCUGGUGGCCUUGCUGAUGCGGAAGCUCUAGUUUCAUUGAAAGAUUUUCUCAACAAGCUGGGCAGUGAGGGACUAUGCACUGAAGAGAUGUUCCCGAUGGAUGGUGCAGGAACUGAUUUAAGAUCUAAUUAUUUAUUGAAUACAACUAUUGCUGGUAUAGAAGAAGCUGAUCUAGUUGUUUUAAUUGGUACCAACCCGAGAUAUGAAGCUCCUAUAUUUAAUGCUAGACUUAGAAAGAGUUGGGUACAUAAUGAACUAGAUGUAGCUUUACUUGGUUCUCCAGUUGAUCUGUCCUUUGAAUAUGAGCACCUUGGUGAAACAGCAAAUGAUUUGGAUAAACUGGUGUCAGGAAAUCAUCCUUUCUCAAAGAGAUUGGCCUCUGCUAAACGUCCAGUUAUAGUGGUUGGUAGUGCCAUAUUACAGAGAUCUGAUGGUGGAGCUCUACACUCAGCUAUAACUAGACUGGCUCAAGAUAUACGGGUACAGUCUGGUUGUGGAGAUGACUGGAAAGUUUUAAAUGUUCUACACAGGGUUGCCAGUCAAGUAGCAGCAUUAGAUCUAGGUUAUAAGGCUGGUGUAGAUUAUAUUAGGGCCAACCCACCUAAAGUAUUGUAUCUUCUUGGAGCUGAUGAAGCUGUCUUAACUAGAGAGGAUCUCCCUAAAGAUACUUUCAUUAUCUAUCAAGGACACCAUGGAGAUAGAGGAGCCUCAAUGGCAGAUGUUAUAUUCCCUGGUGCUGCCUACACAGAGAAAGAUGUGACGUAUGUUAAUACAGAGGGUCGAGCUCAACUAACACGACAAGCUGUUACUCCCCCUGGUUUAGCUAGAAAUGACUGGAAAAUCAUCAGAGCUCUAUCUGAGAUUAUGGGUAAUUCCCUGCCCUAUGAUAAGAUACAGGAAGUUAGAAGACGUCUGGCUGAAGUAGCUCCUAAUUUAGUUCGUGUGGGUGAUGUGGAAGAAGCUAAUUAUUUUAAACAGGCCCAGGAGUUGGCUCAGUUGGUUAAGAAGACACCUUCCAAUGAACCAUUAAGUCCACCAAUGAAGACAUUAAAGGAAUUUUACAUGACUGAUUCAAUCAGUAGAGCAUCACAAACAAUGGCUAAAUGUGUCCAGGCUGCCACAGAGGCUGAAACUUCAAAAUAUUGAACCAGAAGACUGUUAAACAAAACACAGAUUUUGUGAUACUGACAAUAUUGUUUUUUUACUUUGGUAGAAAUUCACCAUCAAUUGUGAAUAUUUAUAUGCCAAUAUAAUAUUAAUAAGCUACUGUCACAUGCCAAAGCUUUAGACAAAAUCUGCUAAGAAAGAUUUGAAUUUCAAAUUUAGACAAUGUCAACAAGGCAAAUUAUUGUGAAUUCAGCCAUUUGUGUGAAGUUAUAUUUAGAAACAUGUUGAAUUUGUAAAUGAUUUAUUAAGAUUACUGUAUAAAUGGUAAUGUGGAAAUGUUC